CAACAGCGGGUCGCAAUCCUCUCAGCAGCCCGGGUCAUCCAUUUACUACUCAAGUCAACUCACAGGAUCGUGGCCAACACCGGGAAGCUCAGCGCCGUCCGCGUACACAUACUUGAGUCCAGAUUCCAACCCUGGGUCGGGAUCGCUCAAUCAGACCUCUUAUACUCACCGACCACAAGCCACCUUUGGCUCAGUUCCGUCAUCUGUGACGAACUAUUCAGGGGGCCGUACCACCUCUACGUCAACCAACGCGGAAACCGUACCGGUCUCAUCGUCUUACCAGGAACAGCAUUCGUUUCCGACAUCAGUAGGAUCAUCGGGAGGACCUCUGGGAUCAUCGCACCCUUCACAAGCGUCAGGUCCUACCCACCCAAUGCUGAGCUCACAGAACCCGGCGGUAACGCAACCGCCAACGGCGGGACACGGCUCUUCGUUACCCUCCCUUCAUGACUUUGGCAACUUCAGGACAUCUUCAUCCCAGAACAGCUACUACCCAUCUGCGACCCAACAAUCACAAAGCUCGACCCAAAGUAGUUACUACCCAUCACCAUCGACACCACAACAGGGCUCAUAUCCUGGGUUUCAAGGGGUACCAACAUCGCAGUUAUCCCCGACAAGUUACUCACCUUCAACAUCGCAAGGAAAUGCGCCACGCGCAUUGGGAUCGAUAUCGAGCAGCGGCAGCAGCGGAUCCGGGCUACAGUACGUGACGGGCAGCAGACCUCAGCAAUAUUCUCUCCAGUCUCAGCAUCACUACUCGCUUAACGGGCAUGGACACGGUCCCGUGCUGAGCAACAUGCACCAGCCCGGCACACCGUUGGCCAUGGUGGGUAUGUCAGGCAUGCAUUAUGGCACCCACCAUCCGAUGCCUCAGUACCAUCGGUAUGGAGCUGGCCACGACCAAUUGGGACCUCGUCAAGGGGACCGACCAUACAAGUGUGAUCAGUGCACACAGGGCUUCAACAGGAAUCAUGACUUGAAGCGCCACAAGAGGAUACAUUUGGCUACGAAGCCAUAUCCUUGUGGCAACUGUGAGAAGUCUUUCUCGAGGAAGGAUGCGCUGAAGCGUCACAGACUAGUCAAGGGUUGCGGAAAGAACGAUCAGGUCAACGGAAACAACACCAAGCCGGGAACGGCGGGGGACAAUAACACACGGCCACCGGGUGAUUACUCGGUAGGCUCCAGGACUUCGCCCAUGGAACGCAUCGACGAAACUGCAAGUGAUGAUGCAGCAGUGGCGCGAUUGGCUUCGUAAGAAAAACGACCACUUCGAACUGUGAUCAGUUUUUACCUCGUGUCUGCUUUCAUUUACGCCUUUUCUUCCCAUAUGUGCUCUUUUGCGAAACAAUACUAGCGAACGAAGCGGAAUUCGGAUACAACGGCGGUACAUUUUUUUAGUCGGAUAUGGCGGGGAUGAAUUGGGCGCUUGGACGGCUACGCUUUUUUCCACAACCUUCUUGUUUAAUGGCUUUUCGUGCAGGCCUUGAUUUUUCUGGAGGAUUGGUUCUUCACGCAUAAAUAAAGAGGAGGAAAUGGACUGUUGUGGUUCUACCAGAGAGAUGCAAAUGGACUGGCAGCUUCAUCACCACAUAACGGCU